AUGGGCCCCAUCACCUUCCAUGUAGUUGUUAGUAUGGCUCUAGAAACUGAAAGGCUGAAUAGUGGCAUGGGGGCACUCAAAUUGCGCGGACUUUGGGGUAUCCCCGCAGCUGAAGAAGAGCUCAAAUUAUCUGGGCUUUAUCUGAGAUCAUGGGUCAUGGUUGAAAACCCGCGUCGAGCCCGGUGGUGUGGUGCAGAUGGCCAUUGGGCCCGAUACUGA